AUUAAUUUAACUUUGUGUUAAUGUUCUAAACACGUGCUAAUAGUGAAUACACAACGUUUAAAAUAUUCAUAUAAUUUUCUUUCAAAAAAAUAAAAGUUAACCGUAAGAUGAUCGGAGUGACGAAAAGGAAUUUGGUUCAGCAUGGCGAAAAAGAGCAAAAGCAGCAAAAGCCAGAUGAAAUUUCCAAAGAAAUAUUGGUGAUAGCUCAAGAAGUAAAAAUUGUUAAAUCGUUGGCUUGCAAUGAUCUACGCAGGCGAAAUAAACAAAUGCGUAAGUUGCGUAAAUGGUUACAAAUAAGAGCACAAAGCUCUUUUCCAUUUACUGAAGAAGAUUUUAUGCGCAUUUGGAAAGGCCUGUAUUAUAACAUGUGGUAUUCGGAUAAACCUUUAGUCCAAGAGGAUUUAGCGGAACAAUUGGGCCAAUUGAUAGGUUGCUUUGAUGAUAACAUCGAAUUAAGCAUCAAAUUUUUUGGAGCCUUCUUAAAGAUUAUGGAAGUUGAAUGGUUUGGUAUUGAUCAAUGGCGUAUGGAUAAAUUUCUUAUGCUGGUUCGCCGUAUGCUGCGUCAUAUGCUUAAAGCUUUAAAAAAACAUUAUUGGUCUUUAGAAACUGUAGAGAAAUUUGAUCAAUGCGUUAAGAGCAGUGUUCUUCGCGAAAAUGUAACUGCUAGAGGUCUAACAAUGCACUAUUUAGAUAUAUUUUUCGAGGAGUUAGCUAAAGUAUCGAAUGGCGAGAUAUCAGCUGAACAAGUGAAUUAUUUCAUCAAACCAUUUGUACAUUUUAUGGCCACGCAGCAGAACUAUCAUCUAAUAUCUUGUUGCCGCUCAAGAAUUUUCUACCAUUUGCUUUAUCAAAGUUCCCUGGGACGAGAAUAUUCGGAAAAGUACAACGCCUGGAAAGAAAUGGGCUUUCCAACAUCAAGAAUCGACGAUUUGGAGAAAGUCGAAGAAGCCGAAACAUAUGACAUGGAUAUAGAAAAUGAUAAAACAGAACCGGAAGUUUGCAAACAACAUCUUGACCCGCGCGCCGGUAAUGUCGACGUUUUCAUACCAGAGUUGCAUUUAAAUGGCGCGUAUGUAGUCGCAGAAUUAGAAACUUUUCUCAGUGGACACGAUUUAUCAACGAAAAGGCGUAAGAUUUUAAAACGUCUGUUAGCUAUAUUUCAAACUUAUCACAACGGAAUCUUUCCUUUGGGAGUGAAAAGCGUGCAACGAUUGCAGAAAACGUCGAAUAAGUCUUUGAUCAAAGAAAAAGUCGCGCAACUUGAACAUUUAGAAAACGAAUUAUAUGGAGUAGAUAGGAAAUUAAAGCAACUCAAUAAGCGAAAAAGACGCAAACUUUUAAAAUCUCUUAAUUUCGAAAACAUUGAUGAAAACAAUUACGACGAAACCAUCGAGGGGGCUUUACCAUUGGAUUACCUAUCAAACCGAAAGAACCGCUCGCAAAAAGCAAUGAUGAGUGGAUGGCUGGAAGAGCCUUUAAGUGCAGAAGAUUUCGUUGAAAAAAAGGUCAAGAAAAAUGCAAAAAAGUUUAAUAAAUUCAUUGAAAUGAAAAAAAAAAAGUUAAAAAUUAAACAUAAUAUCAACAAGGAAAAUCUGUUUAACGCUGACGACCAAAAUUCACUUGAAUUGAACGGGCGAAAAUUAGAAAGCCAUGCAAACAAAAUUAAUAAGAAACGCAAGCAAUUGGAAAGCGAAAAAAAGGCGGUUAUUAAUCUAAAGGAGAAAAUAGAAAUACACCAUGAAAAUGACGGAGAACAGGGAGGCAAACAAGAAGUACCAGCAAGUAGUGAAGUCUCAGUUGGUGAAACCAAUGCAAAUUGUUCUUCAUCAUCAAGCAGUAAACCUCGUCCAUUUCCAACCAUAGAAUCGGAGACUCCUACAAUGGAAAAGAAAAUUGAAACUCCGAUAGUAGACCGCAAAACUAAAUUGGAAGAAGUCUGCUCUAAUUUGGUUCUAAAUCCUUUGGCUAAAAAACCAUCCAACAAUUAUUCAACACCAAUAAAUCAGAGAAAACGUUCAGCUUCUAUAAGCAAUAGUCCGAAAACGCGUAGCAGCGUGAAGCGUGUUAGAAUAGAUUUAAAUCACAACACUUCGCAGAAGCCCCAUGAAUACAUUCAGCAAAUAAAACAGUCGCCAAAUGUACCCUAUGACGCAACUAAAAAACCAAGCAAAGGCUUGUUAAAACCCAACUCAACCCCCAGUCCAAUUAAUCCGUUUUACAAAAAGAAAAUCGGAUUAAGUUUAUUUAAUGACACCAUUUGAUAUUGUAGCGAAAUAUUACCAAAGUUUAAACUGUGGUA